AUGCCCCCUCGCCGCCCCUAUGACCAUAAGAUACCGCUUAAGGAAGCAAAAGAGCCCCCGUUUGGGCCACUUUAUGGUAUGUCUCGUGAGGAACUCAUCGUGCUUAAGCAAUACAUACAGGACAACCUCCAAAAAGACUUCAUUCAGGCCAGCUCUUCACCUGCCGGUGCCCUUGUGCUAUUUGUUAAAAACGCCGAUGGAACACUCCGUCUCUGUGUCGAUUAUCAUGGCCUCAACGAACUCACUAUCAAAAACCGCUACCCGCUGCUGCUCAUCCGGGAAACUCUCGACCGCCUCUCCAAAUUCAAUUGGUCCACCAGACUUGACAUUCGCUAA